UACAGUACACGUUGGGAUACUUUGACGCUCUCGUCCUGGAUAAUAUCGUCGAUUGUAAAGCCUACCCAGACGAGCAGGAGCUGGCAGCCAUUAUGUCUCAGGUUCGUUGCUCAUUUCUUCUUACCUUUCCUCCAGAUGGCCAAAUGGCUGAUUCCGUACAGUCCGUUGACGGGCUGUCAUCUCUCAUGGCCAACAACUUCUACCACAAAUAUCUGGAUUGUUCUAGGGUCCUCGUGAACCUCAAUGGGCACGUUAAAAUCGGUGCGUUCAUUUCUCUGGCACCGCAGCACGGAUCGAUUGCUUUGUUAUCCGGCAAAAUGGCAGAAUCUAAGCCAGUGACUUGGCACCAGUCUCGAGAAUUAUGA